CCUUCAAAGAAUGAUCCACGCAGCUCUUUCCCAAGAGAGUCCUUGUGUUUUUAUUAGAGAAGGAGGACGCGGCCGACCAAAAUUUUGUUUUUCUGAGGAGCUGCUGUCCCGGCUCAUUGACAUGCCCUUACCAGUGUCUUGUAUCGCCAACCUGCUGGGUGUCAGCCAAAGUACAAUUUUCCGGCGUAUGCAUGAACUCAGGUUGUCCACAAGACUUACAUACAGCAGUUUAUCUGACAGUGAACUGGAUGAUGCUGUCAUCUCCAUAAAAACCAGGAUCCCAAACGCAGGAUACAGAAUGGUUAAAGGUUGUCUCCAAUCAAAUGGACAUAGAGUUCAGUGGAAUCGCAUCAAGGAGUCCAUGCACAGAGUUGACCCUCCAGGAAUUUUGGAAAGAAUGACACAGCUGGGUUGCAUCGUCAGGAGGACAUACUUCGUACAGCGGCCUUUGUCAUUAGUGCACGUGGACACUAACCAUAAGCUCAUAAGGUACAACAUCGUCAUAUUUGGAGCAAUAGAUGGUUACUCAAGAAAGAUACUGUAUCUGGAACCAGCAACAAAUAACUGCUCAAACACUGCCCUUUCAUUUUUCCUCAAGGCAGUGGAAAACUUUGGCUGGCCUUCCAGGGUCAGGGGAGAUGAAGGCGUUGAAAAUGUCGCAAUUGCUGAAACCAUGUUCAGUGUUAAAGGCACCGGAAGAGGGAGCUUCAUCGCUGGGCGAAGCGUACACAACCAAAGGAUUGAACGCCUAUGGCGAGAUGUCUGGACCUCUGUCACUCAUCUGUACUAUGAAGUUCUUCACAGUCUAGAAGAAGAUGGCCUAUUGGAUUUGUCAGAUGCUGUCCAUCUGUUUUGUGCCCAUUAUGUGUUCCUUCCGCGUCUGGCAGAGACCCUUCACACAUUCACAGAAGGCUGGGACAACCAUCCCUUACGAUCUGAAGGUGGACUCACCCCUAACCAACUCUGGGUUAUGGGUCACAUGCAGAACCCUUGUGACGCAGAUGAAGAUUUGCAGAACACGGAGCUGUUUGGAACUGACUGGGAGAUGUUUGAUGGUGUGCCUGAAGAACCUUAUGGAGUUGAAGUCCCAGAAAUUGAGUGCCCGCUGACUCCAGCUAGUAUGGAAACUGUACAGUCCAUGAUCGAUCCCUCUGCAUCGUCAGAAUCAUUUGGCAGAGACAUUUAUAUAUCAAUGGUUCAGUGCAUUGAAAGUCUAUGUGUGACACAAAGAAACACCUAAGAUAUAAGCAGUCCUUACAAAAGAUUUAAUGGAAUGAAGUUGAACAUUUGCAAACAGACUGCCAGUUACAAAAGGCUUGCUGUGAUAUUACUUCAUUUUAUCAAGGGAGUAACAGUGAGGUAAAAAACUAACUCCUCAUUCAUUUUGGUUUUAAAGUGAACCAUUAAUAACAGCAAAACAAUGGUUUUGUAACAAUGAAUAAAGUUAUUCACAGAAACAAGAAAAUGGCAAAGAAAAUGGCAAUAAAACCAAACAAUUCAAUGCC